AUGGGGGUUUCCCUUUUGAAAUUUUCAUUCAUCGCCGCCAGCACCACCAUGGCUCCCGCUGCUGCCCCUUCAGCCACCUCCGCCAAAGCUGGCGCUUUCGACCUCGCCACCCUCUUCGUAGCCGACAAAUCUGCUCGAGAUGAAGCUGCCGUCGAGCUCGCCAACGCCGCCAAGAAGAACGGUGUUGAGUUCUUUGGCCAAAUCGGACUUAACGAUGCCCUCGUAAAGGCCCUUACGGACAAAAAAUCAGCUGCUGCCCGAGAGGGUGCUGCUAGUGCCAUCUCCACUCUUUUGGAGAACGGUGCCGCCCCAUUGCUCGAACCAUACAUUGUUUCCUCCGCAGAAAACACCCCCUUCCCAGCUCUUCUCGAGGCUUUCGCCGACAAGGCUAAGGAAGUCCAAACCGCUUCCCUCGCUGCCGUCAAGUCCCUCGUCCAGACCAUGAACCCAUGGGCUACCUUCGUUAUCCUCCCUGCUUUGCUCAACCAGAUCAGAACUGCCGGUAAAUGGCAAAUCAAAUCCGGUUCAUUGGAUGUCCUCCAGCAGCUCAUCUCUUCCGCUCACGACCAAAUGGCCCAAGCGAUGCCUGACCUCAUUCCCGUCCUCGCUGAAGCCGUUUGGGACACCAAGUCCGAUGUCAAGAAGGCUGCCAAGGCUACCCUCGAGAAGGCUUGUGCUUUGUGUGAGAACAAGGAUAUUGAAAAAUUCAUUCCCGCUUUGAUCAAGUCGCUCCUUAACCCCAUCGAGGAAGUCCCAAAGACUAUCACUGUCCUUUCCGCCACCACCUUCGUUUCCGAAGUCACCGCCCCUACUAUCUCCCUUAUCGCCCCUCUUCUUAUCAGAGGUCUCGAUGAACGACCAACAGCCACCAAGAGAAAGGUCUGUGUUAUCGCCGAUAACAUGUCUAAAUUGGUCGACUCCGAAUACACUGUCCGACCUUUCCUUCCUCGAUUGCUCCCUGGUCUUAUCAAGACUUCCGAAACCAUUGCUGAUCCCGAAGCUCGAUCAGUCGCCAACCGAGCUAUUGCCACCCUCCGAAGAAUCGGUAAAGUACCUGAAUCUUCCGAUGGAUCCGAUCUCCCUCCUCUCAAGAUCGCUGAGGGUCCUAACCUUGCUACGAACUUCGUUGCCUUGAUCAAGAAGGACGGUGUUUCCGUUGAACAAGCCAACCCUGGUAUCGCUUACGCCGGUGUACUUGCUGCCUCGCUUGUUAACGCUCACAACUACCAGCAACAAGUCUGGGAAGCUGCUCUCCCUUCAUACAUCAAACUCGCCCUCCCAUCUUACGACCCUCUCCCUGCCGUCCGAGAACUUCUCCAAAAGAAGGCCGACGAGGAAGAGUCCGAUGAACUCAAGUUCGAUGACGAGGAAGAAGGUGAAGAUCUCUGUAACAUCGAACAAUUCAACUUGGCUUACGGUGCCAAGAUCUUGUUACACCACGCUUCUAUGCGAUUGAAGAGAGGUCACCGAUACGGUCUCUGUGGUAGAAACGGUACCGGUAAAUCUACCCUCAUGAACGCCAUCAUCAACAACCAAGUCGAAGGUUUCCCUCCCCCCACUGAGGUCCGAACUUUCUACGUGCAACACGAUAUCGAUGGUUCCGAAGCUGAGAUCUCUAUCAUCGACUGGGUUCUCGCUGACAAGCGAUUACAAGCUAGCGAGGAAGAGAUCCGAUCUACCCUCGAGUCCGUCGGUUUCGAUGCCGUCAAGCAAAAACACUCUAUCGGUUCGCUCUCCGGUGGUUGGAAGAUGAAGCUUGCUCUUGCUCGAGCCAUUCUCUUCAAGGCCGAUAUCUUGUUGCUCGACGAACCUACUAAUCACUUGGAUGUUCUUAACGUCGACUGGUUGAUCAACUACCUUACCUCUCUCACCCACUGUACCUCCAUCAUCGUUUCUCACGACUCUGACUUCUUGAACAGAACCAUCACCGAUGUUCUCCACUUGAACAACUUCAAGCUUAAGAGAUACCCCGGCAACCUCGAAGCUUUCGUCGGCAUGGUCCCCGAAGCCAAGGCAUACUUCCAACUUGAAGUUGCUGAGGAAUACCAAUUCAAGCUCCCUGCUCCUCCUCUUCUUGAUGGUGUCAAGACCAAAGAGAAGUCUUUGCUCAAAAUGCGAAACGUCAACUUCCAGUAUCCUGGCGCUCCUGUACAACAGCUCUUCGACAUCUCUCUUCAAGUAUCUCUCUCUUCUCGAGUAGCCAUUCUCGGUCCUAACGGUUCCGGUAAAUCCACCUUGGUCAAGCUUUUGACCGGUGAAACCGAACCCAACAAGGGUGGUCAAGUGUGGAAACACCCUAACUUGGUCAUUGGUUACGUUGCCCAACACGCUUUCCACCACAUCGAUAACCACUUGGACUCCACUCCCCUCGAAUACAUGUUGUGGCGAUACCAGACCGGUGAAGAUUUGGAGGAGAUGAACAAAGCUACCCGAGUCAUGACCGAGGAAGAGAAGCAAAAGAUGAAGGAAGGUGCCGUCGUCGUCAAGGAAGGUGUUAAGAGAUUGAUCGACGAGCUUGUUGCCCGAAAGAAGCUCAAGCAGUCUUACGAAUACGAAGUCUCAUUCAAGGGACUUUCAUCCGCUGAGAACAUGUGGUUGUCUCGAGACGAAUUGGUUGCUCGAGGUUUCGAGAAGAAGGUUAUGGAACUCGAUACCCGAGAAGCUCAACGAUUAGGUUUGAUGAGGCCUUUGGUCCGACGAGAAAUCGAAAAGCACUUCGAAGACUUCGGUUUGGAAUCUGAAUUCGUCUCCCACAACUCUAUGAGAGGUCUUUCCGGUGGACAGAAAGUCAAGGUCGUCUUGGGUGCUGCUACAUGGCGAAGACCCCACAUCAUCUGUUUGGAUGAACCUACCAACUAUCUCGACAGAGAGUCCCUCGCUGCUCUUAUCGCCGCUUUGAAGAACUUCGAAGGUGGUGUCUUGAUCAUUACCCACAACAGAGAAUUCUCCGAGUCCAUCUGUUCCGAAGUGUGGGCCAUGAGAGAUGGUCACCUCGAAGCUUCCGGACACAACUGGGUGGAAGGUCAAGGUUCCGGUGAGCGAAUCGACAAGAAGAAGGAUGACGAUGAUGAAGUUGAGUACGACGCUUUGGGUAACCCCAUCGCCAAGGCCAAGAAGGAGAAGAAGGUUUCAGCUGCUGAUAAACGAAAAGCCAAGAAGGACCGAAUGGCCCGAAGGAAGAGAGGUGAAGAAGUUUUCACUGAUGAAGAAUUAUAA